CUUAGAGGUUUUUAAGGCUCGGCUUGACGGAGAUUCCACCACCUCCCUAGGGAACCCUAUGAUUACAAUGAAAAAUAUGGAGUGUAAUGUCACAGAUGGGCCCUUUAAGGUCAUCUCACAGCGGCAUGAGGUGGAACUGAGCCACCGAGGGGACCAGGUCAACAUGAUGAAGCCGUAUUUUGACAGGGAGAAUUUGGUCCUGGCCACGUGUGGCCAGCAAGAGGAGAAGGGGAAAAUCCCCUGGUGAAUCUAUUUCCUGAGACAGAAGCCGGCCCCUCGCUGGAAUCAAUUCUCCUCUCUGAGCAGCUAACCCCGGCCCGGCAGGCUGAGAUCAGAGAGGUGCUGGGUUCCUACCAGCAGCUGUUCUCCAACCAGCCUGGGCUCACUAACCUGGUUCUCCAGCGGGUGGAGAUGGGAGCCCACCCUCCUGGAAGAUGUUCCCCAUUCAGAGUCAUGGGGGAAAACAGCCCAGGACCUGAAGAGAGAGAUCAGAGCCAUGCUGGCUUUAGAGGUGAUCCAGCCGUCUGCCAGCUCCUGGGUCUCUCCCGUGGCGCUGGUUCCCAAGGACGGGUCGAUCUGGUUCUGUGAGGACUAUCGGAAGCAAUGCCACCACCGUGUCUGGUGCCUGCCCAUAUCUAGGCCUGAUAGGCUCCUGGAUAAGCUGUGGAUCUCACCAAGGGCUACUGGCAAAUGCAUUUGGAUCCGGGUGCCAGACUGAUCACCCCUCCGAGGAUCUAUGAGUUCCUGGUCCUGCCUUUUGGCCUCAACGGGGCACCUGCCACCUUCUGGACCAGUUCCUCCAGCGGAUGGGGAGUUUCGCCCCGGUGUAUAUUGAUGAUAUCUACGUUUUUAGCCAGACCUGGGAGGACCACGUGUCCCAGGUUAAACAGGUGCUGGGCCGGCUCUGGGAUGCAGGUCGGACUCUGAAAGCCAGGACCUGCAAGGUGGGGAUGGCAGAGGUGUCACCUCGGACGUGGGACUGGGGGCGGUGUUGAUGCAGGAGGAGGAAAAGGGGGAGAGACACCCCACCGUGUAUCUGAACAAGAAGCUGCUCUCCCGGGAGCAGAACUACGCGGCCAUGGAGAAGGGAGGCCUGGCCCUGGGAUGGGCCCUUAAAAAGCUGCAGCCGGAUCUAUCUGGGUGGCACUUCACUGUGUGCACCGACCACUCACCCGUGACGUGGCUACGCCAGAUGAAUGGGGUCAAUGCCAAGCUCCUGAGGUGAACUCUUUCCCUCCCAGGAUUAUGACAUAGAGGUGGCCCAUGUUAAGGGGAGGGCCAACAUUAUAGCCAAUGCUUUGUCCUGGAGAGGGGGGGGGGCCCUGAACUUCCCCAGGCCCCUGGCUAAAGUGACCCCCGCUCAGUUUGGUCUCGGGGGGGGGGGAGAGAUGUGAUGACGUGGGGUUUUAUGCACCUUGUUAUGUUGCAUGUGAGUCUUACUGUCCUGUAUUAAGACGGUGUGUGCCUCAGUUUCCCUCUGUUCUGCACCAGUGCUGAGGUGGUGGGAAUUGGGUGUGUAACGUUUGCUGAGGCCCUCCGGGGCAGGUGAGGCUGCCAGAUGUAACCUGAGACCCAGGAGGGGUGUGUGACCAGGUGACAUUGGGCCUAGAAAGCGAGACAAUGACAGGGAGGAGGCGCAAUGGGAAUGUCUGAGGUCAGGUCACUGGAAGCCGGGCAGUCUGCUUUGGGGGGACUGGAAGAGGGAGAGUCCAGGGCCUCUGGCCCGGGAUUCCCCCAAAAUGGAUGUGGUUGAAAGUCACUGAUUUCUGUGCUAACAAGUUCUGUUCUCGUUAUGUUCCUGCCGACUAAUAACCUCCCAUUUUACCGGCUGGCUGACAGUCACGUCUGACUGCGGAGUUGGGGUGCAGGGCCCCCUGGCUCCCCCAAAAACCCCACCUGUGUGGAUUCACUGCGGGCGGACGGGGGAUGCUGGAUGCUCCGAGGUCAAACCCAGGAAGGUGGAAGCUGUGGCAGCAUCUCGCCCUGGUGUCCAGUGAGAUUCUUAAGUUUGUUUUUCCACUCCCCCUGCCCGCCCGACCUCUGAUCUCCCGUCUCCAGGGAACAGCGACGGGGGACCCCAUGGCAGACCCCAUGCGCCCUGAGCCCCCCGACGGGGGCUGGGGCUGGAUGGUGGUGCUGGCCGGCUUCCUCCAAUCAGCGCUGGUUUUCGGGGUGAUCCGCUCCUUCGGCGUCUUCUUCAUGGAGUUCGUGGGGUACUUCGGGGAGCUGGCGGGGCGCGUCUCCUGGGUGACCUCCAUUGGGAUCGCGGUGCUGCAGCUAGGGGGUCCGGUGGGCAGCGCCCUCAGCACGCAGUACGGCGCGCGCCCCGUGGUGAUGGCCGGGGGCUUCCUCUCGGGGCUGGGCAUGAUCCUGGCUUCCUUCGCCACCAGCCUGACCCACCUGUAUCUGAGCAUCGGGCUGCUUUCAGGGCUGGGCUGGGCCUUGGUCUUCACCCCUUCUGUGGCUUCUGUGGCCCGGUACUUCGCCAAGCGGCGGACCUUCGCCACCGGCCUGGCUGUCUCGGGGGCAGGCCUGGCUUCCUUCGCCUUCUCCCCACUCUUCCAGCUGCUGGUGGACACCUACGCCUGGCGGGGGGCCCUCCUGGUGGUGGCUGGCAUCUCCUUCAACCUGGUGGCCGCUGGGGCCCUGCUGCGGCCGUUGGAGCCAGAGGGCAAGGAAAUGUCCAUGCCGGAGGCGGGGUGGCUGCGACUGCCAGCCUUCUCGUCCCUUUGCCGGCCACGCCUGGCCUGCCACAGGCCCUUCCUCCUGUUCGCUGCAGCCUUCGUCCUGGUGGACGCCGGCUACUAUGUACCGUACGUCCAUCUGGUGCCCCACGCCCGGGAGCUGGGCUUUGAUGAAUACCGAGCCGCCUUCCUCCUGUCCUCGGCCGCCGUGGCUGACCUGUGCGGCCGCGUAGCGGGCGGCUGGCUGGCCGACCGCCUCGCCGUCCGCCUGGUCCACAGCCUGACCAUCUGGACUGUCCUGACGGGCCUCUCCAUGCUGCUGCUGCCGCUGGGGCAGAUCUACUCCCUCCUGAUGGGCCUCUGCAUCUGCUAUGGCUUCUGCGCCGGCGCCCUGGUGCCCCUCCAGUUCUCCGGCAUGGCGGAGAUCGUGGGAACGGGGCGCAUCAUGGAGGGGAUUGGGCUCAUGCAAAUGAUGGAAAGCGCUGGCUCCCUCGUAGGGGCCCCUCUGUCCGGUUGGCUGCGGGACGUGACUGGGGACUACACAGCCUCUUUCAUUGUAGCAGGGGCUUUCCUCCUGGCUGGAAGUUUGCUCCUUUUUGCCCUGCCAAAUUAUUUCUCCUGCUCCAUGGACUCGACAACUGAGGAAGAGACCAUGGGGGACCCCUGAGACUUUAGCUCCUGCGGGGGGGGUUGUCCCAGAAAGCCAGAUCGGAAGUGAGAAGUCAGCAGGGAGCAGAGCAUCAAGUAUACCAAUCCAGCUGAUAUGUGUCUUCUUCUUCGCUGACCAUCGUAAGGUUGGAGGAUGCAUAAGAGACGGAAGGAGGGAGCUGCCCAGCCCAGAUCCACUCCUCUUUGCAAACUGGUGUCCAGAGCAUCCUAGAUCUUUCAGGCUAGAAAGGACCCCAAUGGUCCCCUAGUCUGACCUUCUGCACAGCCCAGGGAACUCCGGCCCGUAACUGGUGGUCGAGUUAGCGGGUAGCUUUCGGUCUCGACUGAAAAGGACACGCGUGAUGGAGAAGACGCCACCACUCUAGGGGAAAUUGGCCCCGCUGGUUAAUUGCCCUCCCCGUGAAAAAUUUUGUUCUUGAUUGGCCCAGCUAGUGAAGGUCGUCUCCUCCCCUUGACCGCGUUUCUCUGUG